UCACAGCAGACCAAACAAAGAUAAACCACUGAUAUAUUUACGCGUGCCUUUAGUUGUAAGAGUUGCUAAAUGUUCAUUUACUUUCUAUUUUUUGCCAAACACAAGCCUCGCAAAGCUUUACAGAUACGCUGAUGGACAUUAUAUAUGCUAAUGUUUUUAUGUCUCGAGAUGACAAAACACAACACGACGGCGCCUCUAGAGCUUAAAUGGUACAUUGCCUUUCACCAUCACCACCUCAUCAGCCCUUCAUUCCUCCUGUGUAUCAGUGCGAGCAGUGCUGCUGAGUAAGAGCACAAACAUUCCCGCGUGCGCUCACAGACAAGUCCGCACUUGCCACACAGCGCGCGGCCGUGCGCGCUCCCACUAACCGCAGGAGACGCUGCAGACAACACAAGAAAGGGAGGAGGGAGCUCCAGGGUAGGGAAAAACGAGGUUUUAAACAAUAGAACAGCGCUAGGUCUUUUGAGGGUCUCGGUGGGGUUGAAUACAGUAACCAUACGACAGCAGGUCAGUUGUCACCGGAAUUUACGCCACUCGGUAACUAUGGAGCAGUGAGAGGCAUUUUCCGCGAGGGAAGAAAAGAAAGAACAGCCACAUUGUUGCGCUAGCGAAAAGCACACAUGCGGCCGACUCACGCCGUCCCAGUGAACGAACAGAUAUCCUUCCGCACAUUCCACAGACGAAAGGCACGACCAGUUAGACCGUAGGGUUGUAAAAGUGGGACACAAAACACUGUAGGGGUUCUGUUGUUUAUUUAAACAUUGUUUAAAGUCAUAUAAACGAUAUUUACUCGACUAUCCGUCACAUUAAUACAAACAUCUGAGGAAGGUGUAAACAAAAAGGAACCAUGUGAUAAGGUUGCUCCUGAACCAACAGGACGCAGUCUUUUGAAGAAGUUGGGCUGUGUGACGAAAUAGAGGGAUAUGCUAUUCAUGCGCGGCGCCCGGGGGAAAGGUGUUCCGGUCGGGAGAAAAGCCACAGAGGAAGAAGAAAGGGGGAGGUAGGAAAAAGUUUGGAAAGAAAGAAACUGUACGUUGAACAUUUUGGUGCACUUUUCUGGCGCAGAGCGCGCAGUGCGUGUUCGUCAUUGUCAAUAUGUUUGGGUGAGCGACAUGCGAACUUCUUUCCACUUUUUGAAGUUGUAAUUAUUAUUAUUAUUUUAUUUGUAUUUGUAUUUGUAUUUUUUUUUUUGGUUACGCGCUUUUGGAGACUUCCACAAUUUUAUUUUGGGAAUAAUGAUCAUUUUAUUUCAAACUGGACCGGGCAAAGUGGAAAUCCUGCGGGAAAACGGUAGACUUUGAUCUGCCGUGCACUCUUCGGGCGGAAUAAACGCUUUUGGGUUCAAAGAAACGAAUCGAAAUGAUCCGCACAGAAAAGCGUUUCAACUUGCCCGUUUUGAAAGCCGCUAGUUGAGACAAAGUCUCCGCUUAACCUGUGUGUUUACGAGGACCACGCUGGACUUUUCAGCAUUCUUCUCUUUAACUAAUCAACAGCUCCGUUUGGUUAAAUCCACCGAAACAAAGCCGGUGAUUACAAGACUACAGCCCCAGCGGAUCAGUGAUACCGACUGGUGGAUUUAUUGUUUAUAAGGAUCAGUUCUGCAGGACUGUGGCGUGUAUGUUUGACGAGAAUUAAAGACUCUUUGAAACCUGACUGUAAACUGUGUUUUCCCACACAUUCAUUUGUUUACUGCCGAAGACAAGGCCACAAGUAGCUGCGAAAGGGAUCGCAAACAAAUGGAUGAACAUGCUCCUGUUCACACGCAUGUCCAGAAAAUACUUAACAGACAAACUGCUUUUGUUCAAGUCUGACCAGUGCGACAUGUAGCCUGCAGAAAAUGUCAUAAGUGUUUUUAUUUAUCUUCAAAGUUAAAUAUUUAUUUUUGUAGCUCAGCACAAAGUAUUAGUUUUUAACAGUCUGUUGUUGUUGUUGUUUUCUUAUUUUAUGUCAUGUCUUGUUUGGAUGUAAACGUUACACAGUCCAUCUUUGGGUCUGUUAUUUCAUCUGCUGUUGAAACACUUGAAUGAUGUCCGUGUCCACACUGUAUUUCACUGUAUUUAUGGCAUACACUAUUUAAACGUAAAACGUCAUUUUCAGGUGGCAUUUAAGCACAAUUCAAUUUGUAUUUCAUUUUAUAUUGUAGUUGAGCUUAUAUAAAAACACAAUGGAUCGACUAGGCAGCAAACUGAAGCAGAAGUUAAAACUGACUGACUCUGGAAGUGUCAAAUUCAGCAAAAAGAAAAACGAGUUGGCUAAUGCAAAUAACAACAGUAAUAGCAACAAUGCCAGUGAUGGAACUGUGACACAGAUCAACCCAGCCGUGAACACAUCUCCGUUUCCACACUCCUGCUCCACCUCUGGAGAGGUUUGUGGACAGUCAGGUGGAAGACCUGGCAAGGUGGGCGCUUCGCAGCGAAUCACGCCCUCAAAUACCACCUCAACCACUGUACCUGAAGAAUGUGGGCCUGUAAUUGAACAUCACCCCUCUACUCUUGCCCCUCUGCGACGCCGGUCACCCCAGCAGAGAGCGUCAUGCUACCUGCCUGAAACUGUGGAGGGGCACGGAACCUGUGACCAGGUGAGGAGAGGCGAAGGUGACCCACAGGGGGCGUACAGCCCAAAUUCUCGCAUAGCCUUGAACCAGCGGCGUUACUCGCUGGAGCUCCAGCAGCUUGUCCGCCGUCAGCAGCUUCUCGCCCAGCCUCCUCCGCUGUCUUCUGUACCACCUCCGUACCCGACACACAACUCAGCAGCACGUUCAGCUGCCACAGAGCCCAGCUUCCUACAUGAACUAGAGCGUCAUAAGCGCUUGUCCCUGCAGGAAGCUCUGUUCUACAAGCGUCUGAGCUCUGGUGGUGAACCCUGGGACAGUGGCCGACCUGCUUCCCUCUCUCACCCCCCACAGAGGACCCAUGACAGUGGAGUAGGAUUUUUUUUCUUCCCCCCUGCGCCAGCAUUAAGCCCUUGCUCCUCUUUUAGUUUGCAGGAAUCGGUGUUGGCAAGUCCUCGCUCGAGUUUUGCUAGCAGUACUGCUAGUGGAGGAGGUGGAGGUGGUGGGAGCCCCAUGGGAAGUCGGUGCAGUAGUAACCGGACCAGCGGCAUCAGCUUGGGCUACGACACCCGCCAUACACCUGGGCCUGCCCAGCAGCUGCAGCUCUCCUCUAACCAACUGGGUGGCCCCACCUCAUGUCAGGUGUACCCUGUAUUAGCAUCUGGGAUAACAGGAGCGCCCCCAAUGGAAGUUUGGAGGGACUAUCUUGAAGGGGUGUCAGGGGUUGGGGGCUGUGUGCAUGACAGUCGUCACUCGUAUCCACCUGCGUUGAGCGCACAUACGGUGACCUACCACCGUGCAGAUCCGGAAUGGGGGGGUAUUAACCAAAGAGGAUCAAGAGGAGAUGGGGUGGGUGAGACGGGACGGCACUCUGACUUGCCAGGAACCCGUUACCAGCAAGAGCUCACCCGCCUGCUGUUGAGAGAUGCUGUCCUGGAAGGAGACGCAUUACUUGGAGGUCUGACUCUAAAAGACCAGUCCGUAUCCACCACCACCAACCUAGCCAACUCUGCACCUACACCAGCCCCUGCUGGAGUGCCAGGGAAAUCCCUGGAGGAACAGAUGGCUGGGAGGGAUUCAUCAAUAUCGAUGGACAGACAGGAGUACUUUGGUACAUGCGUGAAAUGUGGUAAAGGUGUAUAUGGCGCAGAUAAUGCCUGCCAGGCUCUGGACAGCCUCUAUCACACCCGUUGCUUCACAUGCGUUUCCUGUGGGCGAACUCUCAGAAACAAGGACUUUUACAAUGUCAGUGGCUCUGUGUACUGUAAGGAAGACUACAUGUUCUCAGGCUUCCAGGAGGCAGCUGAGAAGUGCAGUGUUUGUGGUCACCUAAUCUUGGAGCAGAUUCUACAGGCUCUGGGGAACUCGUAUCACCCAGGAUGUUUCCGCUGCACUGUCUGCUCUAAGGCUUUGGACGGAGUGCCAUUCACAGUGGACUACCUGAACAAUGUCUACUGCGUCUCUGACUACAAUAGGACAUUUGCUCCCAAAUGUGCUGCCUGUUUACAACCCAUCUUACCUGCUGAGGGCAGUGAGGAGAUUCUCAGGGUGGUGUCUAUGAACAAAGACUAUCACUUUGAGUGUUAUCACUGUGAGGAGUGUGGGAAGCAACUCUCAGAUGAGCCUGGAUCUCAGUGCUUUCCCCUGGACUCCCACCUCUUCUGCCACUCUUGUCACAUGAGCAGGGUGUGCGCCACACAUAACAUUCCCCCUCACGAUACACACUGAAAUGAGAACUAAUGUGCCAGACCAACACAAACUUCUUUGUACUGCCAUAUGCACACUAGCGAUCACUGUAAAAUGUUGUGUAACGACUCACUCUCUUCUAUGCCAACUCCAUGUUUUACCUUAGAGUUUUGAGGUCAUAGAACAUUUCAAACACAAAUCACAGCACUUGUGAAAGCAAUAUUGCCCCCUAGUGGCUGGGAAAUGCACCAACUGAAUCCUGCUGAACAAAAUCUCUCUACAACAGUUCUGAGCUUCAGAUUGUCGUCUGUUUACUACAAUAUGGGGGAGUUGAAAUAUCACAGAAUACUGUUUUAUUCCCAUAUCUACUGUUUGCUGUAGGGAAAAAACAAGGGACUUUUUUGCUUUUUUUUUCUGUAUUUAAUAUCACUAGCAAAGAUUUUGCACUUAAACAUGUUUACCUUUUUUUUUU